UCACUAGCAGUAGUUCCUGAUUUUUCAAUUGCUGCAAAAUCAGUUUAACAUUGAGUAACAACUCGACGAGACCACUGCAAUGAGUACAAUGAUAGAGUGGCUCGAGGUAGAUGUGAUACCAGAAGUGAUCAAACGUAUCAAAAAGCAAGGAAGAAAAUACAAAUGUGUUUGGUCAUCAUUUGGAAAGUCUUUCUUCCUCUCCCGAGUGUUUUUGUUGGAACUAAUUUUCGAAGAAAAUAAGAAAAAUAUGAAAGAAUCUGUUCAUUUAGUCUUGAAAUGUCCACCAGUAACAAAUGAAUUGUUAUGGAAGUUGCUUGAUAAUAAGACUUAUGCCAACGAGAUUGUGUUCUAUGAAAAAUUCGCCAGGAAUUCUCCGAAAUAUCCCCCUUAUAUUUACGGCAGGGCUGACGAUGUCGACAAGACCGUGGUGAUCAUGGAAAAUGUUAGCAGGAGGGGCUUCAAGAUGCGUUCGCAAUUAUACGAUAUUCCAUUCAAAUAUGUGAUACAUGCGAUUCGUGAAAUUGGAAGAUUCCACGGUGCUGGUUACGUGAUGAAAGAAAAGAAUCCCGGUAAAUUCAAAGAAAUUAUUGAAAGUAUACAGAUAUCCAGAUUCGUCUCUGGUUCGAGGUGGGAACCUCUAAUCAAAGUAGUUUCACUUAGACCUGUGGAGUGGCUUCGCAAAAUCAAUCAUGAUCCUCUUUUCUGCGACAAGAUGGAAAAAUACUUGGGUGAUGCAUUCAAUAGUAUCACGCUUGACGGUCUGACACCAGUUGAACCUCUAGCUGUUUUGCUCCACGGUGACUUUACCGGAAGCAAUGUAUUAUUCAAUAAAUCAUUGAAUAAAGUGGAGACCAUGUUGAUAGACUUUGGUACGAUAUGCUAUGCAUCACCAGCGGUAGAUCUGUCUACUUUGCUAUUUUUAAACGCUUCAUCUGAAGAUAGGAAGAAUCGAUUUGAUGAAAUAUUUGGAGCUUAUCAUGAAUCACUGUUGGAGUACCUGCGAGAUGCUGGUAUCAAGGAUCUUGAAAAAUUUUCCAUCGAAAAUAUGCUAGAUGAUUAUAGAAGACGAGCGGCUUUUGGGUACAUUAUCGCUCUAUUUUUCUUACCUGAUUUGCGGGGAUAUUCGAAUGAUAAUGAUAGCGAUGAUGGACCUAGUCGAGAUCAAGCGAGUAUUGAAGAAAAAGCCAGGAAGAUGAAAGCAGGUGGUGGAGACACUAUGUCAGAAGAAUUUGCAGAUAUGUUGCUGGAACUCCGUGAUAUGGGGUGUUUGGAUCAUGUUCUUUACUAAAUCCAGUUGAACUGAAUGAACAACUUGCAAUUUGUCUAUAUAUAAGAAUAUAGGUGAAUGAUAUUCACUUUGUGACUUUUGUAAAGCAGAUUAGCAUCGAGUUUAGUGUAAUUGGAAACGAAAAAUUUUGAAGGGAGACAUCUUUUACAUUGGAGCUAAUAAACUCGAUUCGAUCACCUGUAUUAAACUUUUCACCUCGAACUGCUAGUCUCAAUUAUAAAUGAGGUCAUAUUGAAAUAACAUGUUUAGUACCUUCAAGAAUUUCGAAGACAAUUGAUAUUCUUAAGGAAUUAACUAAGCCUGGAAGUGAGAUUGAAUUAACAAAUAUAGUGACGUGCAUUAAUGUGCUGCAGAGAGCGAAUCAGUGAUCGUCACGGAUAUUAUUCGAUAGUAUUUCAAUAGCUAUGACACGUUUUCAAUGAUGAAGUAUGACUAUCAGUGAUGAAUUCGAAAUUUGUUAAAUAUAGCCUAUUUUGAGGCCGUCACACAAAAAGCAGUAAAGUACACCGAUAUUAGAAAAAGAACAGUUGUGAAGUUGUCAACAAUAAAUUUUUUUUUCAUACCGCACCCGACCCAUCAUGUACAUUUUCAAUAAAUUAUAUUUCGUCCUUUAAUAAGUCAAAUUUAGCAAUGAAAUGUGAGAAUGUGAAUAAAAUAACGUUCUUUCAGAUGGGCAGAAAAUA